CCUAGGUACCUCUACACUAGGGUACCCGACGGUAGUUUGUCGUUCGCCUGCCUUAUCAGCUUAUCUUGGGCCCCGGGGUGUCCAUCCGAUCCGAUCGCAAGCCAUCACGUAAUGUUCCUUUCCCGUUCAACAUCAACCAACAUCAAGUCGGAGUAGUGAGCUGAAGGCUUUCCGAGGUCUUGAUAGCGGCGCGUCGCAACAGGGUUCGAGACUUCUUCCACCACAUAGGAUUCCAACUCCACCGAUCGUCAAAACGCGCGACCUAGAACAUCUCCUACAGGCCAAGCGGACGACCAUGUCUGCAGCGCCUUGGGAAGGACACAGCUAGACACCCGACAGCGAUUCGAGGCACAGAGACACACACGGUUACCAUGGCGGCCAAUUACUGGGAAUCCACUCAGCGCAAACACUGGCUGUUUACCAAAGAUGAACUUGCCGCUAUGCGCGCAAAGCUAGAGGCUGAAGAUCCCAACCUGGUGGCCUCGUUUCCUCUCCCGCAACUGCGCCAUCUGAACAUCUACUUCAACCAACAGUCGCCAACAUACCUCGGUUCUACUCUAGAAAUCAACCGUCUCGGUAAGCGCAUGGGGCUACGACAGCAAGCAUUGGCCACCGCCCAAGUCUACAUCAAGCGCUUCUACACCAAAGUCGAGAUCCGGCGCACCAAUCCACACCACGUUCUCGUGACCGCCCUAUAUCUGGCCUGCAAGAUGGAGGAAUGUCCCCAACACAUUCGGCUUAUGGCCAACGAGGCCCGCGGCUUUUGGCCUACCGACUUCCAAUCCCAGACAGAAGUGGCAAGGAUAGGAGAAUGCGAGUUCUACCUUAUCUCGGAAAUGAGCUCACAUCUCAUUGUCCAUUCACCCUAUCGUACCCUUACCAGCUUACAAGGGGAGCUUGGGCUGGCACAGGAGGACGUCAACCUUGCCUGGUCCGUCAUCAACGACCAUUAUAUGACCGAUCUGCCGCUGCUCCACCCACCACAUGUGAUAGCCUUGACAGCCAUUCUCUUGGCUCUGGUGUUGCGUCAGGAUCCCAGCGGUCGUCUCCCUGGCACAGCCACGUCGGCUUCGGGACUGGUAGCCGCUUCGGCAGCGUUGGCUCAGGCACAGGCGCAAGCACAGGCACGCGCUGCCAUGAUGGCAGGGGGUGGCCAGACUGUGCCAGGUCUCGCCCCCCAGUCUUCUUCUGGCUUGCAGGCCAUGCUUCCACCCCAGUCACCAGCCGGAGAAGGCCCAGCCGAAGGGAACAAGAACCCACGUAUGGCAAAGGUUCACCGAUUUGCUGCAUGGCUGUCUGACAGCAAUAUUGACAUUGAGGCCAUGGUGGACUGCACGCAGGAGUUGAUCUCCUUCUAUGAAUGCCAUGAGCAGUACAAUGACAAGAACACUCGGGAGCAGAUCAAUAGGUUUGUCAAAGCUCGCGGGCUGGACAAGUAA